AUGGCUAGACCAAGAAGAUCUGCUACAAACCCUCCUCCUGCUGAUGUGAACCAAAUGGCUCACGCCAUGGAGGCCAUGGCAGCCACUGUUAGGCAGAGUCUAGAUAUGAUUCAGCAGCAGCAAGCUGCAAACCAAGCCGCUGCUGCAGCACAGGCAGCAACAGCUACUGUCUCAGUUGCACCUCCUCCUGAAUACCAUGGGUUGUCAGAGUUCAGGAAGAAUGAUCCUCCUCAAUUCACGGGGGUGGAUGGACCAGAUGCUGCUGAACUCUGGAUCAGGGAGAUUGAGAAGAUCUUCCUAACUAUGGGUUGCGCCGAGGAGAGGAAGGUGUUAUAUGCUACUUAUAUGCUGACAGGGGAUGCAGAGAUGUGGUGGCACGGAGCUCGUGCUAUGUUGGAGGCCCGAGGUGAAGUCAUCACUUGGGCUGUAUUUAGAAGUAGUUUUAUGGGAAAGUUUUUCCCUUCUCAUGUUCGUGCUGCCAAAGAGCGGGAGUUUCUAAACUUGGUGCAAGGAAACUCAUCAGUCUAUGAGUAUGCAAUACAGUUUGAGCGGCUCUACAGAUUUUAUUCUCACCCGACCUCGGAGGAGUGGAGAUGUCAGAGGUUUUCAGAUGGGUUGAGAACUGACAUAAAGAGGAUUUUGAUCCCACUUAGGAUCACAGAAUUUGCUGACUUGGUGGAUCAAGCCAUCAUUAUAGAGAGUCUUAAUGCAGAGGAUGUUGGUGGAGUUGGGAAAGCUCCAUCUAGUAGAGCUGCUAGUAGCUAUGGUAAUGGAGGUAAGGGUGCUAAGAAGGGCCCCUACAGUCGGUCGCUAAGCCAACAACAAUCUCGACCAUCUCAGUCGAGAGGAUCGGUAGCAUCAGCCCCGGUGCUAGUAGGGACUGCUACCUCUACAUUUCAGCCUAGGGGAGCAACUUCUUCUACCCCUAGAGCCUCAGUGCUGCAGAUUCCAGGGCAUCUUGCUAGGGACUGUCCUACGCCUAGUGGGGCAGUUUCGUCUUCUGCUAGUGCCUUGCACGCUGUGAGACCUAAAGCGACUAGAGCUCCAACGAGAAUUAGAUCGAGAGCAGAGCGACAUGUAUUCACUACUUCUACAUCAGAGGCAGCCCAGGUGAUAGAUCUCGUUCAGGGGACAGCGGUAGUGGCAAAGGAUAUUCCUGGAAUACCUCCACGUAGAGAGGUGGAGUUUGCUAUAGAUUUGAUUUCUGGAGCUGAGCCAGUGUCUGUAGCACCUUAUAGAAUGGCGCCGAAGGAGUUGAUGGAGCUUAAGGAGCAGAUUGAGGAUCUAAUGCGGAAACAGAUGAUUAGGCCGAGCGUAUCGCCUUGGGGAGCACCAGUUCUCUUGCCUGAUGUUGUGGAGUUACGAGAUGAUUUGUCUAUGGAGGUCCCAGCUGCUCAUAUCGAGGAUACUAGAGUUAAGGAACUUAGAGAUACCAGAAUGGGUCGCUCUCGAACUGGCUCGGUUCCUUUUGGAUUAUUUAGGCUGUGA